UACUCAUAAUUUUCACGCUCAUGUAUAUUUAUCGAAAGCCUUAUCACCCGCCCAUAAUCCAUAAGGUUAUCCGCAAGGCAUUCUGAUGUGCAUGGGUAUGAUAGGCAAUUCCCCUUCCCAAGGUUGGAGCUGAAACUGGUUCUAUUCGCAUCAUGCGGAACUUAUGCUUCGCCCCCGCAUCUCCGCUACUACUAUCUUUCAUCGUACUACCACGAUGAGCUUGAAAGACGAUGUCGAUGUGGAUGCUGUCGCCCGUGCCGGGCUGGAGAAGUUGGGGUACAAGCAGGAGAUGACACGGUCUAGAGGACUAGUACACAUAUUAUUCAUGACGCUAGCAAUCAUGGCAGUCCCAUUUGGUCUUUCGGCUCCCAUAGCGACGUCGCUCGUUGGAGGUGGUCCAGCGGUAAUGAUAUGGGGAUGGAUCUUGGUGUCGGUCCUCACCCAAACCCUUGCUCUUUCGCUGGCGGAGAUAUGCUCUAAAUAUCCCACAUCCGCUGGCGCGUACUACUGGUGUUAUCGACUUGCGUCUCCCCGCACGCGACUUCUUGCCUCUUGGAUCAAUGGUUGGUUUACAGUCGUCGGUGUCUGGACGAUUGCUUUGAGUGUCACAUUUGGAACCGCUCAACUUGUUGUGGCUGGUGCCGGAAUAUACCACCCUGAAUGGAAUGCAGCACCGUGGCAAACAUAUGUGAUUUUCCUCGGCGUAACUGCUGUUGCCUGCGGUUUCUGCCUAUUUUUUAACAAGUACCUGCCGGCCAUCGACAUCAUUUGUGCAUGCUGGACUGGCUUAGGCAUCAUCGUCAUCUUGAUAUGUGUGUCCGUCAAGGCCGCAGCAGGGCGCCACUCUAUCUCGUACGCGCUUGGACAUUUUGAUCCAUCGUAUUCGGGAUGGACACCUGGGUGGUCUUUUUUCAUUGGUCUAUUGCCGCCUGCAUAUGUAUAUGCCGCCAUAGGAAUGAUCACUAACAUGGCUGAAGAGGUUCAUAACCCUUCUGAAAUACUUCCGAAGGCUAUCACCUGGUCUGUACCCAUUGGCGCAUUAUCUGGCGUAGUAUACCUUCUGCCAAUCCUGUUCACGCUCCCAGAUGUUGCCACAUUGCUUCAAGUUGCUUCCGGCCAACCAAUUGGUCUGAUGUUCACUUUGAUGAUGGGCUCCAGGGCUGGCGGUUUUGGUCUGUGGUUCAUUGUAUUUGGUAUCGGUAUGUUCUGUGCAAUCUCCAUAUCGUGCGCCGCUUCUCGCGCAACAUGGGCAUUCGCACGUGACAAAGCCAUCCCGUUUCAUCAGUUGUUCUCAAAGAUCAGUCCGCACCUCGACGAUGUCCCCGUCAAUGCACUCCUGCUCUCUACGGUCAUCCAGGUUCUCCUUGGACUCAUUUACCUAGGUUCAUCAGCUGCGUUCAACGCCUUCGUGGGCGUCGCCGUCAUGUGCCUCGGAGCAUCCUAUGCCAUGCCCGUUGCCAUCUCGCUCGUGAACGGCCGAGAAGACAUGCGCGAUGCUCCAUUCAACCUUGGCAGGUUCGGUACCGUGAUCAAUGCAGUCGCAGUGUUUUGGAUCAUGUUUGCCAUCGUGCUAUUCUCAAUGCCUGCUGUCAUACCAGUCACGAAAACUUCGAUGAACUAUGCUUCGGUAGUGUUUGUGGGAUUUGGGGUGAUCAGCGCUGUGUGGUAUUUGAUCAACGGCCGAUUUUCCUAUACGGGGCCUUUCAUCCCGAAAGAGUCCGCGGGAUCCUCGGAGUCUAAUCGGUCGUCCUCCCCGCUUCGACAGUGAAAAGCCGAAUGUCUCCACGCUAUUACAGCAUGACCUCCAACCUAUGUUACGAAAUGCUUUUGAUGUCCUGCU